AUGGUGGUUCUGUAUAUAGUUAUCAAACCCGGCUAGACUUAGUAAGGCAACUAGAACCUGCCAGGGCUGGGUUUGUUUUUAAAUUAUUCGGGGAGUUAACUUGAUCAAACUUUAACCAAUCCAACCUUAGGGCUAUUUUCUUUUAAUUUUAGUUCAAAAAAUUAUCAUUUUAGUUUUUAAUUUAUCAGUUUUUUUAAAAAAAAAUUAUUCAAAACAAUAUUGUUUCAUUAAAAAUACAGUAAACCCUGGGUCAAUUUAUAAACUUGCGGAUCGACUCACCCUCACUUACAACCCUAUCCUUGGACCGGGUCACGACCCAAAUGUUCUGGAAAAUAUGGUUAUGUGAACUUAUCCUUGUUGCAACGAUAUUUGUGUCCGAACCAAGUGGGGUUCAGAUUGUCACGACCUGUCAAUGGGUUUGGUCAGAAGAACAGGGAAGGUGGUAAUCUUUGUUGGUGCGGGCCAGGAUAGAUGAUGAAAGACCAAGCAGCCAAAUGUGGAUAAAAAUGGUCCCCAAAAGCUACCAAUCUUUCAGGCAUGGGUAAAGCUUGCAUGAUGGCUUCAUUGGACAUGAUAGUGUUCUGAUUUGGAAUAAUUUUGUGAGAUUUUCUUUUAUUUCACAUUCAAUCCAAUUAUAUGAUUGGUCUACUCGUAGUGUUUUUUUUCCAGUAAAAAAUAAACUAUUGAUUAUGAAAUUGUACGCUAUGGAUACAAGGCCAACUGAUCAUGAAUGAUUGCUUGAGGAACAGCCAUCUCUUUCGAUAUCUAGAGGCUUAGCAGUUGAAACAGACAAUGACGUAUGUGAAAUGGUCCCAAACAAAAUCUCCAUAGAAAUGAGAGAUAUGGAUAACACCCCCCCAUACCUUCUUGCUUUGAAUAUAUAAUGUUCCAAUGCCUUAUAUAUGAUGCAUGAACCAUCCACAUUGUUUGGAGCUUGGCGCAAAGACAGAGAGAUGUCUUCUGGGACAUUUGCUAGAGGUGCACACACCAUGAAUUCCAUGUUUUUCAAGCCAAUGAUUCGAAAAACCUACCACAAGAAAAGUUCUGCUGACACAAUACGUGAGACAAUGAAGGUGGAUGCCGAGGAAGUGAGGAACAAUAAGAGCCACAUGGGAGAGACUGAUAGCAAUGGCUGGGUUCCACAUGAGAGGACUGGAAUUUAUUAUCCAAAGGGCCAAGAGAAGGUGAUGGAAGGCAUUCCUCCAGCAGCCGGAAAGGAUGUUGAUGUGGUCAACUGGUUUUCACACCAUGGGGAAUAUUGAGCAUAUUUUAAUUGUUCUAAUAUUUAAAGCUUAUAUAUGAAACCCGAUUCUUGUAUUCGGAUUAAAAUCCAAAUGUAAUUGAAUCUGUGCUUACAUUCUAAGAAAAUCACAGAGAAUGUGUGCUUAGCAUUAUGAAAAAAUUGAGAGAAGUGCUUUAACCAUUCUAUAUUUAUAAUUAUUAUUUUAACAUUUACAAAAUGACGUAUCCCACAGUCAUAAUGAGACAGACAAAGAAAUUCGUCUUUGGGAUCAUUUUAGAGAGAAUUCUGCACUGGGAGACACGUUCUUAUUGUUCCCAUCUUUUCUAUUUCAAAAUAGGAUCUAAACGCUACCAAAGCUAUUCACAACUUUAGCAAACACAGCCC